AUGAAAUCUCUUUCUAUAUCACUCAAUUCUUUCAUUUUCUUGGAACUGUUAGUACUUUUAUCAGGCAUUGAAGGGAUUUCAGCAGAGUAUGAAGACAAGACGAUAACAGAUAACACUUUGAAAAUGGUAUUAGCAAAUUUUCAGAAGAUGGUUGGCCACAACUUUGCUAUACCAGAUCAACAUCUGUUUAUCAACCAAUCACAAAUUUUUCUAAAUGGUUCUAUUAGUGAUGGAUCUCUAACUGAUCCAAGUAGCUUUUCGAUAGACAUGGCGCAUGUCAAUAUGUCAACAUUAGAGUUCUUCAGUGGAGUGAGCUAUACUUCAUUAAGUAUAGAUGGCAAAUACAGCUUAUUCUUGGACAAUGACUAUGUCCACAUGGAAAGUUCAGAUAAAUUCAGCAUUGAUAUCGGAGACAUGGCUGCGAGUAUAUACUUUAAGCUCAAUUUCACUGAGGAACAAACACUCCAACUGGAAAAUCUCAUUGUAGACUACAAUAUGACUGUGAAAAUAGACAUAAAAUAUCUCGGAGGAAAUAUAGAAGUCAGCAACACUUUGAAUAAGUUAAUAAAUGAAGUAACACCAGACAUUAUACAAUCAACAAAACCUGAUGUUCAAGCAAUCGCAAUGAAUGCUGCUUCUGAAAAGAGUAAAUUCAUAUUAGGCGGAAUGACACUACAAAAUUUUAUAGACUUUGUAAAUAGUUUAGCCCAAGGUUCUUGA